UUAAAGAAAUUUUUAAUAUUUAUUAAUUAUUAUUAACAUUUUGCCUGCAUUUGUGAUAUAAUUAAUAUACAAAUUAUAAUGCCAGUGUAUGAAAAAUAAAUAUGGAUAAAGAUAAAAGUAAUGAUAAUGAGCUGAAGAGUGAAAGCGUUGAUAGCCUUACAGAUGUAACUUCUAGUUCAACUACAACAAGUGUUUGUGAUUCUAGAGAUUCUUCUCAGAGCACCCCUGAACGAUACACAUCCAUAAAUAAAUAUGAAGAACAGUGGCACAAAAUCUAUGAUUUUUAUGAUGAUAAUUGGACAGAACUCAGAAGAAAAGCAGUUGUAGGCCGGCUUAGAUCUUCUCGUUUUCGUAGUGUAUGCUGGAGAGCUUUAUUAGGAGUAUUGCCUCAGCAAACAAGCCAAUGGCUAGAUACAAUUAGAGAACAAAGAGAAAGAUAUGCUGGUCUAAAAAGUGAAAUGAUUUCAGAUCCUCGACAAAAUAAAAUUUUGGAUGAUGACCCAUUAUCUAGAAACGAUGAGAGUCUUUGGAAUAAACAUUUUUGUGACCAGGAGCUAAUAGGUGUUAUAAAACAAGAUGUUGUUAGAACUUUUCCAGGAGUUGACUUUUUCCGGAGAGAAGAUAUUCAGAAUAUUAUGAUAUCUAUAUUGUUUUGUUAUGCAAGAGAACAUCCUGAUAUGUGUUAUAGACAAGGAAUGCAUGAAAUUUUAGCACCUUUGUUAUUUGUUCUAUAUAGUGAUCAUCAGUCAAUGUUACAUGUAAAAGAUCAGGCACUGAUUAACGAUGUUAUAAUAGAAAUUUUAAAUCCACAAUAUCUAGAAGCAGAUUCAUUCACAUUAUUUACACACAUUAUGUCUAGUAUAGAAUGCUGCUACAGAAUUCACGAUAUGAUCCCAACAACUGGGGGAUACUUUCCAUUGGUUACUAAAAUCCAGUCUGAUGAAGUCCAAGACUAUCGACCUGAAAAUGAAGUUGUGACGCAAUUAAAUUGGAUUCGAAUAAAUUUACUUUCUAAAUAUGAUCCUGAACUUAAGCAACAUCUUGAGAAGCUAGACAUACCACUUCCUCUGUUUGGCAUACGGUGGUUGAGAUUGCUCUUUGGAAGAGAAUUUGCACUCUUAGAUCUUCUUGUUUUGUGGGAUGCCAUAUUUGCAGAAGGAGAUAAUUUUGGGCUUGUAAAUUUUAUUGUUGUAGCUAUGCUUAUGGCCAUUCGUGAUGAAUUGUUAGUAGCAGAUUACACUACUUGUUUAACAUUAUUGAUGCGAUAUCCACCGGCUGUUGAUAUAACAUAUAUUAUUGAGCAUGCACUACAUUUAAUGCAUCCAAAGCUCUACGCUUUGCCCACGGCUACUUCUUAUAUAACCCUGCCAACAACUAUGAGUCAAACACCAACAACAAUAGUAAAUAAAGAAACCAUUGCGAGUAUAAGGCGAAAUUCCUUAUUCGACAGAACUUCGUCUACAAGGAGGAAUAAUAGCACUACUGGUGAUCAAAAAGGGGUUCUCGAUGGUUUCUCAAUAGAGGAAUACAAUAGUGUUCGAUCUGAGCUUCAACACGCUUAUUCAGUUAUGUCAUUGAGUAGAAUUAAAUUAUUACAGUAUUUAUCAAUUUUAAGAAAAAAUUUACCAUCUGGUUCUUCUCGGGAGGCAGUUCAGGCUUUGGAUGGAAUACAAGAGUUAUGUUCAUUGUUAAAACAUAGCAAUAAUAGCGUGGGCAGCUCAUUAAGCGAUUCCUAUAUCGAACGCGCUUAUGAAGCAGACGAAAAAUAUGUGAGGGCUAUGGCGCAAAAGGAUCGCAAUACUUCUUCCCCAUCAAAGUCUUCUUCAAAGUCGGUUUUUUAUGUUGAACAUGGAUCGACUAGUCCUGUGAAGCAGAACUCCUCCAAAUCUCCUCAUAGGAUUCCACAGAAAGCGGAAGUUCCAAUGAAAAUAUUUAAUGAGCAUCUGGCUGUGAAAUAUGAAAACACCAAAGGUGUACCACUCGAAGAUCCAACAGGAUUAAGGCCCAGAAAAUGUAUGCAGAGCACAUCUCGUGAGUGGUUCUAAAGCAUAAAAUUAAUGAUAGCGUGAUAUUAAUUUUAUUAUUUUACUAAAUAUGAGUUGAGUUUAAAGAUCGCGCAUUACUUACAUCAAUAAAAAUUGUCUAAAGGGUUUAUAAGUUUAUUUGCAGUGCAAAAUAACUAUAAUAAUUAAAAAUAUGUUAAUAAUUUAUAACGAUUUAAGUAAAGUAAAAAUUAUAGUUAUUUCCAUUGAAUGAGGGGUAGAGUGUUAGCCAGCAACAGGAAUAUCAAAUAAAAUUAUAAACAAUUUAUACAUCUUUUAUUGGUGUAACGUUCAUCUUUGAACUCAACCCAUAUUAUGUAUAU